GCUCGGUGUCCAAAAACCUCCGAGAGACACCGAGAGAGGACGCACCGGGAACCGGGGACAGAGAACCGGGCUAAACGUUAGAACCCGAGCCUAGAGAGGAAUAAAAACAUCUGUUAGAGCACAGCUGGACCGAGGAGGCGGACAUGGAGCUGUGGAUGUCCUGAUAGAGGAGGAACCAGCGGACCUGAGGGAGGACGGGCACCGGGAGCAGACAUGGCCCACGUAGGCAACGGAGCGAGCGGGGAGGACGAGGACUGCUUUGAGGAUGCCUACGACAGAAUACCUGCGGCCUGUCAGAUGGACCUGCAGACGGCCAUCCAGGAGACUCAGUGCGCUCUGAAUCUGGUCCUUAACAACAAGUUCUCUGAAGCCCUGGACCUCCUAAAGCCAUGGUGGAGGGACAGCAUGUACCACGCUCUGGGCUACAGCAGCAUCCUGGUGAUGCAGGCAACAAUGACCUUCGAACACAGAGACAUCCAGACCGCCAUGGCAACCAUCAAAGAGGCAUUAAACACCUGUCAGAGGUUCAGGAAGAGGAACUCCGUGGUGGGAUCUCUCUCCAGUCUCAUCAGUAAGCAGUCCAACCUGCAGGAAGAGGAGAUGCAUGCAGAGAUCUGCUACGCCGAGUGUCUGCUGCAGAAAGCCACGCUGACGUUUGUGCAGGAUGAGAACAUGAUUAGUUUUAUCAAAGGGGGCAUCAAGAUCAGAACAAGCUACCAGAUCUACAAGGAUUGUCAGAAUGUGCUGAACGUAACUCAGGACCUGGCGGGCCAGUCUGAUUCGUUCAAACAGUUUGAGGGCGGAGUCAAGCUCGGCAUCGGCUCCUUUAACCUGAUGUUGUCUCUCCUCCCUCAGAGGAUUUUGAGGUUGUUGGAGUUCAUCGGAUUCUCAGGAAACCGGGGCUUUGGUUUAUCCCAGCUGAGAGAGGGAGCCUCCAGUCACAGUCUGAGGUCCAUCCUCUGCGCUCUGACGCUGCUCUUCUACCACACCUACGUCUCACUCAUCCUCGGAACCGGAGAGGGGAACCUGGUGGAGGCUGAAGCUCUGCUGGAGCCGUACAGACACAAAUAUCCCAAGGGCUCCAUCAUUCUCUUCUACUCUGCUCGUAUCGCCACACUGCGAGGAAACUUUGAAAAGGCCCGGGCGAGGUACGAGGAGUGUAUCAGCAGCCAGCAGGAAUGGAAGCAGAUCCACCAUCUUUGCUACUGGGAGCUGAUGUGGACUCACUCCUACCAGCAGGAGUGGCAGCAGGCGUACCACUACGCCGACCUGCUGUGCAAAGAGAGCCGCUGGUCCAAGGCAAUUUAUGUGUACCAGAAAGCAGCCAUCCUCAGUAUGAUGUCAGAGGAGGAGGUGAAGAAGACGGGGGAAGACAUCGUGGAGCUCUUUAGGCAGGUGGAGGGGCUGAAACAACGCCUGGCCGGGAAGUCGAUCCCAACAGAGAAAUUUGCAGUGAGGAAGUCCAGACGCUAUAAAGCUGCUAAGCUGGUCCCGCUGGUCAUCCCUGCACUGGAGAUGAUGUACGUUUGGAAUGGCUUCACCAUCGUCGGGAAGAGAGCCGACUCCACCGAAGCUCUGCUGAUUACCAUAGAGGCGGCUGAAGAGCAGCUACGUAACGACUCUAACCCGUCAGAGUUUCAUCCCGACGACAGCUGCCUGGUCCAGAUGUUGAAGGGUCUCUGUCUGAAACACCUGGGCAGGUUACUGCAGGCUGAGCUCUGCUUCACGCAGGUUCUCUCCAGUGAGAGUCGGAUCAGAUACGAUCACUACCUGAUUCCUUUCACUCUCUAUGAGCUGGGUCUGCUCUACAAGCAGCAGGGAGACUUCACCAAGGCCACCACCUACAUCGAAAACGCCAAGACAAACUACAAGGAUUACUCCAUGGAGUCCAGACUCCACUUCAGGAUCCACGCGGCGCUCAGCAGCCUGAAAGGAUCGCCUGUCAGCACGCCGUAAUCCUUCAGAAACGCUACGGUGCAGCGUGAAGCUCCAGAAACCAGAAUCCAGGUGUUUUCUCCUCAGUGAAGACGAGAAUCAGGGUGUGACGUCCAGCAGGACUCUCUCUUCAUUUAUUACAAUCAUUUAUUUAAGGUUAUUUUUCUUAUUUAUUCCUUUUAUGGCGAGGACAGAAGAGAUUAUUUAAGCGUCUCAAACAGGCUCGGGCUUCCUCUCAGCGUCUGCAGACUCAGAGUGAAACGCUGUGGGUCGAUGCAGAUCCAUGGCUCGAUGCCAAAUGUCAGUUUAGUCGUGUUUUAACUGAUAGCAAUGACUCGAAGAGCUUGUUUGUGAAGAGACGUGUGCAUAGGAGUAUAUUCAGAGUUUAAAAUAUUUUAAUGGAGACUUCAGGGGGAAGUUAAGGAGGCGACAAAGCUGCAGGGUUUUAAAUAAAAGCACAAGGUUGAGGACAUCAGCAGCAUGGAUUAUCCAUGGAGAUGAGAUCAGAGAAAAUUUCCAACAAAUUUGAGGCUCUUCUUUUCUUCUCUUCUGUUGUCUUUAAAUCUCUGUCUGAACGAGCCCUAAAAUGAAACAAUUCCUGAUAAAACACUGACGUUAAAAACACAUGCCUUAUGCUAAAGUAGAUAAAUAUUUAGCAUCAAAGUUAUGACUUGUUGCACAUUUUAACACAAAAACAUUGCCUGGGUUGAAGGUUGGGAUGCACAAUAUUAUGGCACAAUAUCAUUGCUGGCAGAUAUUGGUUUAAAAGUUAGUUACUGGUGAAGACAGAUAUGGAAUUUUCUGGCGAUAUUUACAACCAACAUAUCAGCUGUAGAUCCUGGCAUCAGCUGAAAUAUUGGCAGCAAAGAUUGGCUUAAAUAAGCCAUAAAUAUCUGUCUGUAUUGGCUGUAAAUAUUGGCCUAUAUUAACUGCAAAUAUUGGCUGUAAAUAUAAGCCCAAAUUGGCUCUAAAAACUGGCCUAUAUUAAAUGUGAAUAUUGGUCUGUGUUACCUGAAAAUAUUUGCCUAUUUUGGCUGUAAAAAUUGGCCUAUAUUAACUGACAAUAUUGGCCUAUAGUAGCUAUAAAUAUUGACCUAUAUUAACUGACUAUAUUGGCCUGUAGUAGUUAUAAAUAUUGGCCUAUAUUAAUUGACAAUAUUGGCCUAUUGUAGCUAUAAAUAUUGACCUUUAUUAACUGAAAAUAUUGGGCUAUAUUGGCUAUAAAUAUUGGCCUAUAUUAGCUAUUAAUAUUGACCUUUUUUAACUGAAAAUAUUAGACUAUAUUGGCUAUAAAUAGUAGCCUAUAUUGGCUAUUAAUAUUGACCUUUAUUAACUGAAAAUAUUGGACUAUAUUGGCUGUAAUUAUUGGCCUAUUUUAAUUGACAAUAUUGGCCUAUAGUAGCUAUAAAUAUUGACCUAUAUUAACUGACUACAUUGGCCUAUAGUAGUUAUAAAUAUUGGCCUAUAUUAAUUGACAAUAUUGGCCUAUUGUAGCUAUUAAUAUUGACCUUUAUCAACUGACAAUAUUGGACUAUAUUGGCUGUAAUUAUUGGCCUAUUUUAAUUGACAAUAUUGGCCUAUUGUAGCUAUAAAUAUUGACCUAUGUUAACUGACUAUAUUGGCCUAUAGUAGUUAAUAAUAUUGGCCUAUUUUAAUUGACAAUAUUGGCCUAUAGUAGCUAUAAAUAUUGACCUUUAUUAACUGAAAAUAUUUGCCUAUAUUUUCUAUUGGAAUUAGCUUCUGUCAGCCUAUAUUGGCUGUAAAUAUCGAACUGCAGGAUAUAUGAUAUCGGGUCAAACCAAUAUGGUGCAUCCCUAGUUUAACAUGAUGAAGCUGAUGAGUGCUGUAUGUGAGCAGCAGGUAGAGAUGUGUGCUUGAACAUAUUUAUAUUUAACUGCUUUGAUUUUUCUUUCUACUAGUUUGCCUUUAUGAAUUCCUAAUCCAUCACGGCACAGAGCACACAAACGUGUCCCUGCAAACAGCGCAGCCUUCUCACCAACCGUGGCUUAUAUUAACACAAACACACACAAAGCAUAAAGCAUUGAAUACACUCAUUCCAAGCUUGCACAUGCCGGGCAAUAUGCAUAUUAAAAUAAAGCAGGCGGCUGUAAACGCACACAUUUAGCAGCAAUAUAAAAUACUCAUGCUGUUAGUUGAUCAAACCUCUCUGUGGUUGUAUUAGUCUGUGUGAAUCUGUGUUCAUUUUCUACAGUUGUUUAGUUUCUCUGAGGCAGCAGCUUUGGAGAUGGUGAGUGUCUCUGUUCAGGACAGUUUGAUGGUUUCAGAGCUUUUAAAACAUGAAAGAUAAAUUAACUUCAUGAUCACCAAAAAGCGACAAAGUCAAGAUAAAUUUAGAUCUGAUCUGUCUAAACCAGGGAUGUCUAAACAUUUCAAUCUGAGGGCAAAACGCUGAAAAUAUCAGGAUGACUGGUGUGGAAACUAAGAAUUUUCAUUUUAAAAAUUUGCUGUGGGCCAAUCAAAAAUGGACCAUGGGCCACAUUUGGCCUCAAGGCCUUAGUUUGGACACCCCUGGUCUAGACCAGACCGUAUAAAACUCGCCCUGUAAAUGUGUUUAUUUCUGCUGUUGAGUUCAACAUUUUAACAUGGAGCUCAAUGGUGAUUUACUCACUGGCGAAGACAGCCUCUAGUGGACUUUUGAGGAACUGCAGGUUUUUGAACUUCUCAUUUCCAACACUCUUCCUGGUUAUUUGACCUAAUCUUGACUGAAUCCUGAAAAUCCUGCCGGUUUAACUGAAGUAGAAGGAGACGUUGUUCUGUUUUAGGCUGCUGAAGCUCUGACUGUCAGGGAGGUUUGGCUCCAAAAAGACAAGCCAAAGAAGAUGGACUAUUUUUGCAUGCUUUAGAAGGAUUUAAUGUAUAUUAUACUCUAUAAUAAAGCUGAUAAUCCAUAAACAUGAAGAGAUGACAGAUUAACUUUUUACUCGAAGACUGACCAAUUAAAAAAAGAGCACAAAAUAAUCUGAUAUUUUAUCUACGUUAUGGAUAAAGGUCACUGGAAAACGGAAAACUGAGAUACAACUUUUUUCAAAUUCUGUAAAAAAAAUGCUCAGAAUUCAAAAAUUACAAUCGGAAUUCGAAGAUUAAAGUUUGAAUUCUGAGUUUAAGAGUGAGAUUUGAAUUUAAAUUUGGGGAUUAAAGGUGGUUUUCUGACUUUAAAGUAAGAUUUCUGAGAUUGAAUUCAGAAUUCUGAAAAAGUUGGAAUUCUGCAAUUUUAGUAAAAUUUCUGAGAUAAAAGGCAAAAGAAGAAGUCAGACUUCUGAGAUUAAAUUUUGAAUUCAGAGAUCAAAGUCAGAUUCUGUAAUUUAAAGUUAGAGUUCUUAGAUUUAAAGAUGGGAUUCUAAGAUUAAAUUUGGAAUUCCGAGUGUAAAGCUUGAAAUCUGCCUUGUUUUUCUCAGACUUUGAAAUAAAGCUUGAUCCCAGAAACAAGUCCAAUGGCCUUCAUCCCCCUCCAUCGUUCCAACAUUACCGAUACUAUAGGAUAUAAUAAAUAUUUUUUAUGUUAAACUGAAACGGUUCAGAUGUUUUCUAUGAGGUGGCUUAAGGGCAUCCGUGGAUUGCUACGCGUUUAAAUCCAAAGGCAGGAAAUCCUUUAAAGAAAUCCUGGAUAUAAACUCAAGCCAUCAGAUUAAGUAGUAAGCUAAGAUCAUCACAUUUUAAAUAACAGAUGAAGACUAUAUAGCAUCCUCACUCCACUUUAACUCUCUGGAUGAAGGAGAUCCCGCCCUGAAUUACUUCCAGUUAAUCUACUUUAUUUAAAGGUGUGAUGAUGAAAAAGCCUUGUCCCUAUAAGGAAUGUACCUAAAGACCAAAUCAGUGCUGUGUCUGCUGUCUUUGUUUUCUGUGUUGUGCCUCUUUAAUGUCUGGAUGUCGUUUUAGUCUCUGUGGUAAAAGUGAAACUUCUGAGCAGGUUCAGGAGUCUGUUGGUACAAGUCUUUCAUUAAAACAGCGCCCUCUAUCGGAGAAAAGGUUGUGACGAUAAACUUGAAUAAGACAGUAUAACUGUCACAGCUGUGAAGUUUAGACAUAUAGAGUUUAGUGUUUGAGGGGCAUUUCUGGGUUCAGUAGUGGAGAUAAACUUUAGCAUUGGUACUCCUUAUAUAAUACAUCCUUCAUCGCCACAACCCUCUGCUAAUGAAAGGCUCUGGUUCCUUCAGUCAUCGGCAAAACCUUCCUCUAAUGAAGGGCUCUGGUUCCUUCAGUCAUUGUCACAACCUUCCUCUAAUAUAGGGCUCUGGUUCCUUCAGUCAUUGUCAUAACCUUCCUCUAAUGAAGGGCUCUGGUUCCUUCAGUCAUUGUCAUAACCUUCCUCUAAUGAAGGGCCUUGUUUCCUUCAGUCAUUGUCACAACCUUCCUCUAGUGAAAGGCUCUGGUUCCCUCUGUCAUUGUCACAACCAUCCUCUAAUAUAGGGCUCUGGUUCCUUCAGUCAUUGUCACAACCAUCCUCUAGUUUAGGCUCUGUUUCCUUCAGUCAUUGUCACAACCUUCCUCUAGUGAAAGGCUCUGUUUCCUUCAGUCAUCGUCACAACCUUCCUUUAAUGAAGGGCUCUGGUUCCUUCAGUCAUUGUCACAACCUUCCUUUAAUAUAGGGCUCUGGUUCCUUCAUUCAUUAUCACAACCAUCCUCUAAUAUAGGGCUCUGGUUCCUUCGGUCAUCGUCACAACCUUGCUCUAAUUAAAGGCUCUGGUUCCUUCAGUCAUCGUCACAACCUUCCUCUCAUGAAAGGCUGUUGUUACUUCAGUCAUCGUCACAACCUUCCUCUAAUGAAGGGCUCUGGUUCCUUUUUCAUGUCAGUGCCUCUGUCUGUGUCCAGCUGUAAUCCUGACAGGGUUUCUGUUGCAUGUCAUUGGUUUUUCUCAGAAGAGACGUUUUAUGACAGGAAGUGCUAUGACCAUAAAAGGCUUAAAGGUUUCAGAUGCUGAUCCAUGUGGUGCAAUAAAUGAAAACAGAGGAUUUAAUAUUCAGUUCUUUAUUACUGGCUGUUUCUAUGUUCAUGUGCCUCUCUGUGUGUCGGUAUUUAGCCUUUUUUUCUGGAUUAUUCCGCCUUGUGUUUAUAUUAAAUGUUUUUGAAUUUCAUCAGAAUCAUUUGUGGCUUUUUGUCUCGUCAUUCACGUCAGAGGUGAAAGUUUAUCAAGAGGGUGUUUUUAGUCUUUAACUAUAAUUCCAAAAAAGAUGGGACACUGUGUAUAAUGUAACUAAAAAAAUGAAGUCAGUGAUUUUCAAAUCUUAUAAACCCACAUUUUAUUCACAAUAGAACAUAAAAACAUAUCAGAUGUUGAAACUG